AUGAGAUCAAACCCGAGCAAAAGAAAUUCAGAUUUCUGGUGUGAGUUUCACAACGAUCAUGGCCAUAAAACAGCAGAUUGUAGAUUAUUACAAGGUGAAGUUGAGCAUUUAUUAAAGCAGGGUUAUUUAACUGACGUGUUCAGUGAUAAAGGAAAGCAAUCCUAUAUGAAGAAUAGACAAGAGCCUCCAAAACCUCCAUCUCCAAAGAGAACAGUCAAUGUGAUAAGCGGGGGAGAAGAGGUCAAUGGUGUGACAUAUAUAGCUGCAAAAAAGAUGUCGAAAGUCACGGUUAAUCAUGGAAAGCGAGUUUGCCAUAUUUUGGAUGAAGACAGUAGCUCCGUAAAUAUUAUUCUUCUAAGGGUGGUGAAUGAAAUGCAAGUUCACGACAAGGUGGUACCAAAAGCACGAUCUUUGUCUGGAUUUGAUAAUUCAAGUGUUAUCAUGAAAGGGGAAAUAGUGCUUACUACAUUUGCAGAAGGAGUUAUCAAGGAUACGAAAUUCCAGGUGAUAGACACUGACAUGGCUUAUAAUAUAAUUCUUGAAAGGCUGUGGAUUCAUGAUAUGGAUGUUGUACCGUCUACCUUACAUCAAGUUAUUAUGUUUCCUUCACAAUGGGGGAUUCGACAAAUCCGUGGAGAUCAGCAGGCUUCUUAA